UCACACUCACGAAGAUUUUGUUAUGAAACUCAUUUGGUAAUAGCCGAACCAGUGUAAACAUUUUCCGAACAAGAUUACAGAAUCACUGUCGUAAGGAGGCUUGGAGGUCACUUCGUUGAAUCAAACUAACAUUGAAAGGAUCUUGUUAGCUGGUAAACUAGCGCUAGCUGACAAAUGAAUACAAUGUUUCCAGCUAGCAGAUACUCAAUUCAAGCUAGGCGGUGUAUACGAGCUUUGAAACACGUCCAAGGAGAACACGGGCAACACCAGCUGUACGUUUCCAGAUUGAGAUGUUCGUCAUCGUCGACGCCUCGCAUAACAACACACUACACGAUCCACCCACGAGAGAAAGACUCGCGAUGGGAAGGUGUGGAGAUGGAGAGGUUUGCAGACGAGGCUGACGUGGUGAUCGUGGGCGGGGGUCCGGCCGGCCUGUCAGCCGCCAUCCGUCUGAAGCAGCUGGCCAACGAGCAGGAGAAGGAGCUCCGCGUCUGCCUGGUGGAGAAGGCAUCCCAGAUCGGGGCUCACACCCUGUCAGGUGCCUGUCUGGAGCCCAGCGCUCUCAACGAACUCUUCCCUGACUGGAAGGAGAGAGGGGCGCCUUUGAACACCCCGGUGACUGAAGACGUGUUUGGGAUUUUGACAGAGAAACACAGAAUUCCUGUGCCAAUGUUGCCAGGUCUGCCCAUGAACAACCAUGGGAACUACAUCGUGAGGCUGGGGAACUUUGUGCGCUGGCUGGGGGAGCAGGCGGAGGAACUGGGGGUGGAGAUAUACCCGGGAUACGCUGCAGCCGAGGUGUUGUUUCACGAGGAUGGCAGUGUUAAAGGAAUUGCCACCAACGACGUCGGCAUCGCCAAGGACGGCUCACCCAAGGACGUGUUUGAGAGGGGCAUGGAGCUGCACGCCAAAGUCACCCUGUUUGGAGAGGGUUGUCACGGCCACUUGGCCAAGCAGCUGUACAGACAGUUCAACCUCAGGGAGAACUGUGAGCCACAGACGUACGCCAUUGGUCUAAAAGAGAUUUGGACAAUAGAUGAGAAGAAAUGGCGUCCGGGCAGGGUUGAGCAUUCAGUAGGCUGGCCUCUGAACAGAUCCACAUAUGGGGGGUCCUUCCUCUAUCACCUGAACGAGGGGGAGCCCUUAGUGGCCUUGGGCUUCGUGGUGGGUCUGGACUACUCUAACCCGUACCUCAGCCCCUUCAGGGAGUUCCAGCGCUGGAAGCACCAUCCCUAUGUGGCAGCCACGCUGGAGGGGGCAACCAGGAUCGCUUACGGAGCCAGGGCCCUGAACGAGGGGGGCUUUCAGUGCCUUCCCAAGGUGACAUUUCCUGGGGGACUGCUGAUUGGGUGCAGUCCUGGCUUCAUGAAUGUCCCCAAGAUCAAAGGCACGCACACAGCCAUGAAGAGUGGCAUGCUGGCAGCUGAAGCCAUCUUCCCCAAAGUCAUAGAGGAGAGUCCGGAGUCAGAGACAGCAGGACUUCACAUUUCUGAGUAUGAGGAGAACUUGAAGAAGUCUUGGAUUUGGAAAGAGUUGUAUGCGGUGAGGAACAUCAGACCAUCUUUUCACAACUACUUCGGUCUGUACGGUGGCAUGGUCUACACCGGCAUCUUCUACUGGAUCCUGAGAGGGAAGGAGCCCUGGACACUCAAACAUGCAGGCUUAGAUUCCGCGCAGCUGAAACCAGCCAAAGACUGUCAACCCAUAGAGUACCCUAAACCCGACGGCAAACUCAGCUUUGACCUGCUGUCGUCCGUGGCGCUGAGCGGAACCAACCAUGAGGGAGACCAACCAGCGCACCUCACCCUGAAAGAUGACAGCAUCCCUGUGGAUCGGAACCUCGCCAUCUUCGACGGACCGGAACAACGCUUCUGUCCGGCAGGUGUGUAUGAGUAUGUUCCCCUUGAGAGCGGAGACGGAAUGAGACUGCAAAUCAACGCUCAGAACUGCGUUCAUUGCAAGACCUGCGAUAUCAAAGACCCCAGCCAGAACAUCAACUGGGUGGUGCCCGAGGGUAGUGGAGGACCAGCCUACAACGGGAUGUAAAAGUUAAGCAUCUAUUUUUACUCAGGCAUAUCACCAGGACACCAAGUGUUGCAGGGAGUUAGUUGCAUUCAGGGCUUGACCAUGUGCCUAGAGAUGGGGACUAACGCUGUUGUUCACCAACCGUUUUCUGAAUUAUGUAAACUAAACUAUCAGUUUUAUGUAUAUAUGUUAAAAAAAAGGAAUGUUAUAAUUAGCCACGUACGUAGAUUUUCGAAAGAACAAUAUCUCAUAGUUCAAUCUGUGCCUUAGUUCGAGGUUUAUUUCAUUAACAAUUGCAAAUACAUUUGAUAACAGCAUAUUGAUUUUGAGGAUACUGUACAUAAUGUUAAGAUGCGAAUGAAUGAUGGUUAAUAAACAAUACAACCAACUCA